AUUCCCGGAGCUUCGGGCUAGGUUCAGGGCGCGCGACUCGCCGACGCCUUCACGCUGCUGGCGAGACACUCUAGUCGCGGGAAACGGUGCGCGUCGUUACGUGACAUCCAGCCUUCGCGAUCGACGGGGAAACGGAGAGCUUGGGUCGGAGCGACGAUCGACAAUUACGGAGGGCGGACCGGAGAGGCUGCGAUGGCUGUCACGAGUCGCUGCGUCGCGGCGUGCACGUUUCUGGCGGUGCUCUCGCUGCUGGCGGAGACAGGAUACAGCAUACAAUGCUACCAGUGUAACAGCACCAGCAACGAGUACCCAUUUCAGUGCAAUGAAUUCCUGACGAGCGACGUGGUUCUUCAGCCCAUGCCGUGCACCGAGGUUUACGGGGCGCAGUAUUGCGUCAAGCACGUAGGCCGUUUCGAGGCUGUGGCCUUGGAUUGCUAUCAGUGCACGUCGGCGGACGAAUGGAAAUGCAUGGAUAGCGAGAUGGUUAAAACUUUCUUGGUGCCGAGAAAUUGUAGUCACGUGUACGGGGCGCGUUAUUGCAUCCAAUCGAUCGGCCGUUACGGAGGUGGCAUUGGCACGAAGCGAUUUUGCUCGUCCGUAGAUAUGGGGAACUACUGCGACUACGUAAAACAGCCAGGUGACAAGCUGACCUAUCGCACUUGUGUGUUCACGUGUUCCGAAGACGGAUGCAACUCGGCGAUAUCCUUCGUGUCGAGUGCGAUGUACACGUGGAUAAUGCCGGCGAGUUUAGUGGUAGCCUGGAAAAAGCUGUUUCACAGGUAGAAGCUUCUCUGAGAGCUCGGUGACUAGUUAAGAGCCCGACGAAUGUAUCGUUCGUUGUCGAUUAAUCUCUCGCGCCUUUUUCUAAGCCUCCUUUAAGCCGCGUCUAAACAUUAAAUUUCCGAUCAAUUCCCGAUCACUGCCAAUGAUAUUUUAAACACAGUUUACAAAAAUGUAAGAUAUUUUUGUCAAUAUGAGAAAACAAUCAGAUUUUUUGCUUUAUCCCGUAAUAGGAUUGUCUUAUCUCUUGAAAUAUUUGAAUUAUUUCAUUCUGAGAUGCAUUUGUUGUAAAUUUUAUUCUUACAGGAAUAUUCUAAUUUUUUACGUUCGAUCGUAUCCAAGCUGAUUAAAAGAACAUUACUGUUUUAGGACAUCCCUUUUUUAUAUACUUUUUAAUAUAUUUUUAUUACAUAAUUAGGGAUUACUGUCUCAAUAUUUUUAGGCUAAUAGUGUAUUUAUAUAUUUUAUAUAUUUUUGUAUAUUUCAUAAAUUUAAUGAUAUAUAGAGUAUAGACUAACAAAAAGCAACGUGAAUUUAAACGAAAUAUAUCCGUCCAUUUGACUCAGAGAUUCAAAAUUCUGAAAAAGAGAAUUGUAUCAUGUAAUUAAGAUAUACACUUAUAUAAUUUAUCCAGAUAUGUAUAUAUAUACCGCACGUUUUUACUAUGUACUGACACAAUACAUGAAAUUAAAUUGAUUAACGUGCGUAAACUCCAAAACGAAUAAAGUAUUUUCACUUAUAUAAUAAUAAUAUAUAA